AUGACGCAGAGUAGUGACACUAAGAGCGUUCCCUUGAUCGCUUCGAUUGAUGUUGGAACCACGUCCACGCGUGCCAUCUUGUUCAAUAAAUUAGGCCAGGAAGUCUCCAAGUAUCAGAUUGAAUAUUCGACGACUGCUUCCAAAGAUAAGGAAAGAAAUGGAUCCGGAGGAAAUGGUGCCGAAGAGCGGAAUAUGAUUUUUUCCGCGGAAGGUAUUGCCGUGGAAGCCAAUGAGUACGUGGAGAUCGAAGAAUUAGGAGGACAGCGUGACCCUACUUUGCGUUUCCCUCGCCCUGGGUGGGUGGAAUGUAAGCCAAUAAAUGUUUUGGCCAAUGUGGUGCAGUGUUUCGCCGCAACCUUAAUUUCAAUUAAUAAGCUGAAUGAGGAUCGUGAAGCAAAUGAUUUACCUAAAUAUGAAAUUAAAUGUAUUGGUGUGACCAAUAUGCGUGAGACCACUAUUGUGUGGUCGAAAGCCACUGGUUUGCCUAUUGUUGAUUAUGGUAUUGUCUGGAACGACACUCGAACCAUGGAUAUUGUGAACGCAAAGAGGGCUAAUACACCACUUGAUGAGCAAGAGCGUUUAAGGGCAAAGACCGGUUUGCCAGUCCACUCGACCUACUUCUCAUGUUCGAAGUUGCGCUGGUUACUCGAUAAUGUGAAAGAAGUACAAGAUGCAUAUGAGAAGUCGGAUUUAAUGUUUGGUACCGUUGACACCUGGUUGCUUUUCCAUUUAACGCAUAACAAUGCCUUUAUUUCCGAUGUUACAAACGCUUCUAGGACAGGGUUUAUGAACCUAGAAACUCUCGACUAUGAUCAGGAACUAUUGGAUUACUGGGGCAUUGACAAAACUAAAGUUCACAUGCCAAAAAUUGUGCCUUCUGCUCUACACUACGGUGACUUUGUUGUGCCUGAAAUCACGAAGAGCAAAUUAACUGAGGCAGCAUUACACGUGUUGGAACAGUUUAGUAAACAAAGUAUUCCUAUUCAAGGAUCUCUAGGUGACCAGAGCUCUUCUUUAGUUGGGCAGAUGGCAUACAAAGCUGGUUCUGCCAAAUGUACCUACGGUACCGGUUGUUUCUUGUUGUAUAACACCGGAGUCAAAAAAUUGAUCUCCCAGCACGGUGCGUUGACAACAUUCGGGUACUGGUUCCCUAAUCUGGAGGGUGAAGCAAGCAAGCCACAUUUUGUUUUGGAAGGUUCUGUAGCAGUUGCCGGUGCCGUGGUUCAAUGGUUAAGAGACAACUUGCGCCUUUUCCCAAAAGCUGAGGACGUUGGUCCUUUGGCCAGCAAAGUCCCUGAUUCUGGUGGCGUUGUUUUUGUUCCUGCAUUUAGUGGGUUAUUUGCUCCAUACUGGGAUGCUGAUGCUCGCGGUACAAUUUUGGGUAUGACUCAAUUUACCACUGCAUCUCAUAUUGCUCGGGCGGCUAUUGAGGGUGUAUGUUUCCAAGCAAGAGCAAUUUUGAAGGCAAUGAGUUCCGAUGCAUUUGGUGAAGCUGGCAAGGAUAAAGACUUCUUAGAGGAGAUUGUAGACGCAGGUACCUACGAGCGUACACCAUUGUCCACUUUGGCAGUUGACGGUGGAAUGUCCAAAUCCGAUGAAGUAAUGCAAAUCCAGGCCGAUAUUCUAGGUCCAUGUAUUAAAGUGAGAAGAUCACCUACUGCUGAGUGUACGGCACUAGGAGCCGCUAUUGCAGCUAACAUGGCAUAUGAGAAUGUAGAGGACCGUAUCUGGAAGGACCUCGAAGAUGCUAAGAAGUUUGUUCUAUUUGGCGGACAAGAUACUGAAGAAGAGACCGAUUCUCCAAGGCUAAAAAUCUUUACAAGUCAGUCUGAAGAUAAGCAAAGAAGGAAGAACUGGUCUCGCUGGGAAGCUGCAAUCAAGAGAACUAUGGGAUGGCUAGCAGACGCAGAUGCUCAAAGUGCAUAA